AUGCCGGGUGAACGCGCGACGCCGGGUAAACCUGUCGCCCAGUUGAACGUGGUCAUGCCGGGUGAACGCGCGACGCUGGGUAAACCUGUCGCCCAGUUGAACGUGGUCAUGCCGGGUGAACGCGCGACGCCGGGUAAACCUGUCACCCAGUUGAACGUGCUCAUGCCUGGUGAACGCGCGACGCCGGGUAAACCUGUCGCCCAGUUGAACGCGCUCAUUUCGGGUGAACGCGCGACGCCGGGUAAACCUGUCACCCAGUUGAACGUGGUCAUGCCGGGUGAACGCGAUACGCCGGGUAAACCUGUCGCCCAGUUGAACGCGCUCAUUUCGGGUGAACGCGCGACGCCGGGUAAACCUGUCGCCCAGUUGAACGCGCUCAUUUCGGGUGAACGCGAGACGCCGGGUAAACCUGUCGCCCAGUUGAACGUGCUCAUGCCGGGUGAACGCGCGACGCCGGGUAAACCUGUCGCCCAGUUGAACGUGCUCAUGCCGGGUGAACGUGCGACGCCGGGUAAACCUGUCGCCCAGUUGAACGCGCUAAUGCCGGGUGAACGCGCGACGCCGGGUAAACCUGUCGCCCAGUUGAACGUGCUCAUGCCGGGUGAACGCGCGACGCCGGGUAAACCUGUCGCCCAGUUGAACGUGCUCAUGCCGGGUGAACGCGCGACGCCGGGUGAACCUGUCGCCCAGUUGAACGUGCUCAUGCCGGGUGAACGCGCGACGCCGGGUAAACCUGUCGCCCAGUUGAACGUGCUCAUGCCGGCUGAAUGUGCGACACCGGGUGGAUGCGACAAAGGUUCAACGCUUCGCAUGAGCAACGUACGAACGCGAUUAACCUGCUACUAA